CUCUCACCCACAAAAAAACCUCAAAACAUAUAUCGCUCUCUCGCUCUCUCUAUCUAUCAGAUCGUAAACACACAAAAUACAUUUCGUUCCCGAGUUGUGAAUUGAUGCAGCAGAGAGGCCGAUCCGUCAACCGUAGAUCAAGAAGCUUCUCCCGAUCCAGACUCGCCGUCGAAGGCCACUGAACCCAAACUCUCUCUCUUGUUCUCUCUCGCAAACAGAUCUCUUUUUUCCGACGAACACCUUUCCCACAAUGGCAGCAUCGUACGAAGCAGAGCGUGACGUCCAGAAGAAUUACUGGAUUGAGCAUUCGGCUGAUCUGACUGUUGAAGCUAUGAUGCUCGACUCUCGUGCUGCUGAUCUCGACAAGGAAGAACGCCCUGAGGUGCUCUCUUUGCUUCCACCCUACGAAGGCAAGUCGGUGCUGGAGCUUGGAGCUGGUAUUGGUCGUUUCACUGGUGAAUUGGCUCAGAAGGCUGGUGAACUCAUUGCUCUUGACUUCAUUGAUAGCGUCAUCAAGAAGAAUGAGAGUGUUAAUGGGCACUACAAGAAUGUGAAGUUUAUGUGUGCUGAUGUUACCUCCCCUGACCUGAACAUCACUGAUGGAUCCAUCGACUUAAUUUUCUCCAACUGGCUUCUCAUGUAUCUCUCUGACAAAGAGGUGGAGCUUUUGGUAGAAAGGAUGGUUGGUUGGAUCAAAGUUGGAGGAUACAUUUUCUUCCGAGAAUCUUGCUUCCACCAAUCUGGUGACAGCAAGCGCAAGUCCAACCCCACUCACUACCGUGAACCCCGUUUCUAUACCAAGGUAUUUCAAGAAUGUGUGACACGAGAUGCUGCUGGGAACUCAUUUGAGCUCUCUAUGAUCGGGCAAAAGUGCAUUGGAGCUUAUGUGAAGAACAAGAAGAAUCAGAACCAGAUUUGCUGGAUUUGGCAGAAAGUCAGCUCAGAGAAUGACAGAGGCUUCCAACGUUUCUUGGACAACGUUCAAUACAAAUCCAGUGGGAUCCUCCGCUAUGAGCGUGUCUUUGGACAAGGCUUUGUGAGCACUGGUGGAAUCGAGACAACCAAAGAGUUUGUGGAGAAAAUGGAUCUGAAACCAGGACAGAAAGUGUUAGAUGUUGGUUGUGGCAUUGGUGGAGGUGACUUCUACAUGGCUGAGAACUUCGAUGUUCAUGUGGUUGGUAUCGAUCUGUCCGUCAACAUGAUUUCAUUCGCACUGGAACGUGCUAUUGGACUCAACUGCUCGGUUGAGUUUGAGGUCGCGGAUUGCACCACAAAACAUUACCCUGAGAAUUCCUUUGAUGUCAUUUACAGCCGUGACACUAUUCUGCACAUCCAAGACAAACCAGCUUUGUUCAGGACUUUCUUCAAGUGGCUUAAACCGGGAGGCAAAGUGCUCAUCAGCGACUACUGUAAGAGCUCGGAAACUCCAUCUCCUGAGUUUUCUGAGUACAUCAAACAGAGAGGAUAUGAUCUCCAUGAUGUUCAAGCUUAUGGGCAGAUGCUAAAAGACGCAGGCUUUAACGAUGUGAUCGCAGAAGACCGUACUGAUCAGUUUAUGCAAGUCCUGAGACGUGAACUAGAGAGGGUGGAGAAAGAAAAGGAAGAGUUCAUCUCCGACUUCUCCAAAGAGGACUACGAGGACAUAGUUGGUGGAUGGAAGGCGAAGCUGGAGAGAAGUGCUUCGGGUGAGCAGAAGUGGGGACUUUUCAUCGCCAACAAGAACUAAUAACCUCUUUUACUUCAAAAUGCUUCUUUGCUUCUUCAAUAAUAAAAAAAACAUCAUUUCCGUUUGGCAAUGAUGUGUGGACUUUGUGUGUUGUUUGUUUCUUACCUUCACUGUUUUCGGUUAGAUAUGUAAACCGAAUUUCGUUUGGUUCGAUCUUUGUUUCGUAUCUCAAUUUGUUUCAAAUUAUAAGCAUUAUAAUAUUUGGAUUUUCUUUUUCAGUUUUA